AUGGAUAGCGAUCUAUCAUCAGUCGAGCUAGACGCCGAAAUUUAUGAAGACAGCCCAGAAAUUUCUGAAGAUGACGACGUAUUGGGUUCAGAACCGGAAGAAGACGAUGAGUAUCAGUACACUCCGGACGUCGAAGAAGACGACGAAACUGUGGGACUGAAGGCCAACAGCAGGGGCAGAAGAGGUGCACUAAAGAUUGGGGAUGGCGAAGACACAAAAGGUCGCAGUUCUGGACGCAAAAGGGUCGUAGAACACGAAUUCGACGAGCCUGAGUCGAGUCCCGCGAAGAAACCUCGCAGAAAUGGUGGGAUCGAUCUACAAAACCUUGACGACGAUGAAGAAGACACAGAAGAAGCUAAUGGUGAUCAAAGUGAACGGACUGGCAGCGUGCCCAGUCAGGAGCUGCGAGUCGACAGCCGGAACAAGAUGAUGAUGGAACUCCUGGACAACUCGUCGCGCAGAAAUUCAAAACUGUCAGAAAAAGAGCUUCAACUGCGUCGCGCGGAAAAUGCACGCAAGCGUAAAAACCUCAGCGAGAAAAAACUCGAGGAGGAAAAACAGGACACCAUCAACAAGCUGCUGCGAAGACGUGCCGGCCGGACCCGGGGCCCUGUCCCAGCAGAUCGCGAGAAAUCGGAAAGUGCCAUGGACGAAAACGCUGAUUUUACAAAGCCAAGGAGGGCCUACAGCUCAAAGGGUAUGGUUAGGGUCCUGCAGAACAAGGACGGGACCGUUUAUGCGACUUUCUGA